AUGCAUUCAGGUGCCACAGGCGAUACAAAGUACAACACAUCGAUUUCAAGUAACGAUAUAGAGGUUGCGUCCGACAACACUUCUACGACUGCCAACAAUGCGGAUGGAACAUUUGGGACUACGGUUAUCGAUGACCACAAAGAGCAGUUUUUCGAAGCAGGGCGGGAUUACUUUCUGUCAAUGAACUACAUUGGCUCUCUCGCAGCUAUCGGACUAGCUGGGAUGGCGGGUAUUGGGGCUUUCUCCCUGGUUGCCCCAAUUCUGAUCUCUGUCAACGAGUCUAUCGGUCCUGAUCCCAACAUCGUUUGGGUGUCUCUUGCCAGCAACCUUGCUCAGGCAGUCAUGUUGACUAUGACUGGCCGGCUCUCUGACAUGUUCGGUCGGCGAUACUUCCAAGUCUUAGGCACAGCUCUGGCUCUCAUCGGUUGCAUCAUCGCUGCCACAUCUAAAACAGUCAAUGUUCUCAUCGGCGCAAAUGUACUUAUCGGUAUUGGGUCAGCAACUCAGGUCUCCUUUCCAUAUCUCAUCUCGGAGCUUGUACCGAUGAACUACCGCUACUUUGCGUCGAGCUACAUUUAUGCACUUCUGAUACCUGUAUCGGGCGUUGCGCCAGUCGUGGCAACUUCCCUUGUAGCUAGUGGUCCUGGCGGUUGGAGAUCUUGUUACUACAUCCUUAUCGCUAUUAAUGUUUUGGCUCUUCUAUGCUGGGCAGCAUUCUACCACCCGCCGUCUUGGGGUUACCUGGUAGCCAAGAAAUUUGGAGAGACCCGAGAAAAGAAGAACACACUUCGAGACAUAGACUAUGGGGGCCUCUUACUGCUCUCAUCCGGACUUCUCCUGUUCUUGCUAGGAAUUUCCUGGGGUGGAUCAUUAUACCCAUGGAAGUCUGCAGCGGUUCUAUGCACCAUCAUCAUUGGCAGCGUCAUACUAGUCGGCUUCGUCUUCUAUGAGCGACAUUGUCCGACACCGCAACCUCUUGUGCCACUGGCGAUGUUCAGAAACACGGGGUGGGUGGCAGUGCUACUCACACUGUCUUGCGCAGCUAGCAUGUAUUACGCUUUCAGUAUUGUCUUCCCGACGCAAGUUGCAGUCCUCUACAACUCGGAAAGCAAAGCAAACCAGGGUUGGCUCAAAUGCGUCAUUACAGCCCCUCCAUUAGUAGGACAAAUCAUCGCGAGUUUGCUAGCUACUCGCAUCGGACACAUUAAAUGGCAGCUCGUUGCUACUGCAAGUAUCGGAGCAGCAUUAUAUGGUGCAACGGCUUGUGUAAACACCCACAAUCGCGAUACUGUUGUGUCUCUCCUUGUCGCUGGAGGCUUUGCCCUGGGCUGGGUGGAUGCCCUUUGUCUCGCUUCGCUGUCUGUUACCUUGGAAGACCAAAGCGUGAUUGGUACGGGGGUUGGUAUUGCCACUUCGCUGAGAACUUUCAUCUCCACUUGCUCUGCAGCUAUCUUUACCACUGUCCUCAACAACCGUCUCACAUCCACAAUACCCCAGCUGGUCCCCCCAGCGUUGACCGAAGCUGGUUUGCCCGCCACAUCUGUAUCUGAGUUUUUGCGGCUGCUCAGUGUGGACCAAAGUCUGCUUGCUUCUGUUCCUGGAACGAACUCCACGAUCAUUGAGAUAGGAGUAGAAAUGUUCAAGGUAGCCAAUGCGCGUGCUUACUCGACAGUUUUCUUAACAACCCUCGCCUUCAGUGGAUUUGGGGUCAUUGCUAGUUUUAUGACCCCGGAGAUAGAGUCGAAGUUGCAUGAGAAGGUCAGCUGUAAGCUGCAGGUGUGA